GCUUCCAUGUUAGAAAAUCUUCAGUGAGCUGUCGUCGGAGCCUUUCACCCCAUUUGGCUCAAGGGGGAUUUCCCGCAGCACUGCCAAGCUAAUGAGACUGGCGGAUUUUCUAAGCCGUCGCCCCUACAGUCACCCACGUUUCGCGUGGAAAUAACACCGAUGUUGGUGUCGUUAUGGGAGUAGCUGCAGUUGCUGGUGAUCCGCGGAGGUCCGAGGAAUGUCACCAAUAGGAUGCUGGUGGUCUUGCAGGCUUUUGUUUAUGGUAAUAAUGACAAUCUCACUAACAUGUAUAUUCCUGUCAGCGCGAUUUCUGUCAUAUGAGGAGGUGGGUCCAAUUCCGAUAUAUGUAAUAGCCGACCUGCGCACGUCAAUGGGGCUUGUUUUAGUGAACGGCGAUAUUUUCCAGAUCAUUCAUGCUUGUGUUUUGGCAUACCCACUCAGAAGGCUUGGCACUGUCGGCAAAAUAAUGGAUUAAAUGCUUGGAGGACCUUUGAAAGAGACUGCGGAUGCUGCUGCGGGAAUUGAUUCAUUGACUUCGAAGGUAUACGUACCUGGGACUAAACGGUGCAUGUUGUCAGUCG